CGGACGCCUCUUUCGUCAAGUUCGUGUCGCUCCGCUUUCCUUCAGUCCUCCGGUGAGACCGCACCCUCACCUGGGAGCACGCACGGUCCCCACCUUGUCCCCGACUGUGACGGCGUACCCGGUGUAGGGAAUGGCAUUCCCAUAGUCUGGAGGCACACUUGGAAAAACAACGCGUGAGCUGGAAAAUGAUUCAGAGGGGAAACUGAAGACCGACCGUCAGGAUUUAUUUCCAGUCCGGGAAAAAAAAAACCCACCGGGAAAACAUGAGCGUCUCGGCAGAAGGAGGAAGCGGCGGUGGGAAGCUGUCUAAAUCUGAGAAGGACCAGAGCUGGAUCCCCAAAAUCAUCAAGAAAAGAGUGUGCACCACCUUCGUGGAGGACUCUUUCAGUAAUGGCAGGCUGUGCCAGUGUGGGGGCGCUAGGGACACCCAUGCCUCUGUGGCCCUGGGCGACUAUUUCAGCACGGCCAUGGUCAACCACUGGGACAGCACCCAGCACUCAUCGGAGUAUCCCACCGACGCCUUCGGAGAGCUGCAGUUUGCAGGAGCCAGCAAGAGACACAGCUAUUUCCUGCGUCUGUCAUGGGACACACCCCCCUCCAUGGCGUACACCCUGAUGACAGUGCACUGGGGUCUGCCCCCGCCCAACCUGGUGGUGUCCGUGGUUGGCGGAGAGGGGAGGGCAAAGGUCAAGACGUGGGUGCGUGAGGUCCUGAGGCAGGGGCUGGUCAAAGCCUCGCAGAGCACAGGUGCGUGGAUCCUGACAGCAGGCUUGCGGGAGGGCGUAGGCAGAUGUGUAGGUGAGGCGGUGAGAGACCAUGCUGCCGCGGCCUCCUCCGUCCCUCUCAACAAGGUGGUGGCCCUGGGCGUCGCCCCCUGGGGCCUGGUGCACAACCGCCAGCAGCUCGUCAACCCACAGGGCAGUUUCCCGGCUAAAUACUAUGUCCAGAAUACGUCCCGGGACUCCUGCUGCCUGGACAACAACUACCAGGCCUUCCUGCUGGUGGAUGAUGGGAGUGUAGGCCGCAGAGGAGGAGAAUCGGGCUUCAGGGCCAAGCUAGAAGACUACAUUUCCCAUCAGCGCACAGGCAUUUGGGGUAGCGGCAGCAUCGACAUUCCUGUCCUGUGUAUGUUGAUCUCAGGAGAGACAAACAUGCUAGAGCGAGUGGAUCUUUCUCUGAAGAACUCCACUCCCUGGCUGGUGCUGGCAGGUUCAGGGGGCGUGGCCGACUUCUUGAGCGACAUCCUGGAGAACCUGUCAUCUGCCCCGGCUGCCCAGUGCACCAGUGACGGAGAGGGGGAGGCGGGUCCUAGUGUUGACCUGAAAGACCGAAUGGCCGAGCGAGUCAGGAGGCACUUCUCCGCCGACACGGAGACGGACAAACUAGUUGAACGGGCUCUGAGUAUCUACCAGAACAGAGACUUGAUCACAGUUUACCAUGGAGAACAGGAAGGACCAGACGACUUUGACACAGUCCUGCUCAAGGCCUUGGUGGGAGCCAGUAAGCAUCGUGUGUCGAGCGAUGCCAGUCCCUACAUGGAGGAACUGAAGCUGGCGGUGACCUGGAACCGAGUGGACAUUGCCAAGAGCGAGCUGUUCAAUGGAGACAUCCAGUGGAGGUAUGAAGACUUGGAGGACUCCAUGACAGACGCCCUUGUCAACAACAAGCCUCAGUUCGUUCGCCUCUUCACCGAAAACGGCCUCAACAUCCUCGACUACCUCACUUACGGCCGGCUGGAGAACCUCUACCGCUCAGUGGUUGAUGGCACGCUGGCUUACCGGCUGCUACAGCGCCACCUGCAGGAACGCGAGGGAACCUCUAGCUCGGUCCGCUCGCUGGGGAACCUGCUGGACUCCUCCACUUCAAAAGUGGCCACGGGAAAUUAUCAGACCGAACCAGCCAAGGGGCUCAGCCUGUUUGAGGUGUCCCGGGUUUUGGAGUUGUUGAUGGGAGACGUGUGUCAUCCUUUCUACUACACCGCCCUAGGUCUGGAAUACAUCACAUCUAAGAGGCGAACUCUCAGGCGAGCCAUUAAGCUGCUUCGCGGGGACUGUGUGUACAGGGAGCAGCGCUGCCUCUACCCCUGGGCCUCGCUUUUCAUCUGGGCUGUCCUGCAGAACCGCAGCGAGAUGGCCGUCUUCUUCUGGGAGAUGGCAGGGGAGUCGGUGCUGAGCGCCCUGAGCGGCUGUAAGAUGCUGAGGGAGCUUUCUAAGCUGGAGAGCGAGGCUGAAACCAAACUCUCCAUGAAAGAACUUGCCCAGAGGUUCGAGAACCUUGCCCAAGAUGUCUUCAGCUCCUGCUACCAGAGUAGUGAGAGUCGCUCCUUCACGCUGCUGAUUCGGAGGUCUCCGGUGUGGGGAGGCACCACCUGCCUCCGAAUGGGCAUGGCCGCCGACGCCCGCCUCUUCUUCAGCCACGAUGGCGUGCAGUCCCUGCUGUCUCAGAUCUGGUGGGGCGACAUGAAGAGGAGCACAGAGGUUUGGAAGCUGCUCCUCACCUUCCUCUGCCCAGUUGUCUGUUACACCAACCUCAUCUCCUUCAGGAAGCAGGAGGAGCAGCAGGAGGAUGCAGGGAUUUCUAAUGAGGAUGGACCGGGCCGUGACAGUGACAGUCUCUAUGGCACCACCAUCUUCUCCUUCUCUGACAUCAAACACAUUGAGGCAGACACACAAGGAGCCAUCAGCCCCAGAUCAGCCACUAUCAAAGGCGUACCCCGCUCGCCGCCCCCACCCCAGUGGCCCUUCAUGGUGUCGAGAUGGCGUCAGUUCUGGUUUGCACCCGUCACCUCCUUCCUGGGGAACGUGGUGAUGUACUUCCUCUUCCUCCUCCUUUUCGCCUAUGUGCUACUGGUGGAUUUCAAGCCCCCGCCCCCCGACGGCCCUGCCAUCGCUGAGUACGUCCUGUACUUCUGGGUCUUCACCAUCGUGUGUGAGGAGAUCCGGCAGACCUUCUUCGUGGGCAGCCUGACGCUUCGCCAAAGGAUGCGGGUCUACAUCCAGGAUGUGUGGAAUAAAUGUGACCUCACGGCCAUCAGCCUCUUCAUCAUAGGACUCACAUGCAGGAUGUUUGAGUGGUCCUAUGAUUUUGGCCGGGCGAUGCUGUGUGUGGACUACAUGGUCUUCACCCUGCGUCUCAUUCACAUCUUCGCUGUCCAUAAGCAACUGGGGCCAAAAAUCAUCAUCGUUGGGAAAAUGAUGAAAGAUAUCUUCUUUUUCCUCUUCUUCCUGGGGGUAUGGCUUAUGGCAUACGGCGUAGCCAAUCAGGCGCUGCUCUACUCCUACGAUCCCCGCCCUGAUCGCAUUUUCCGCCGUGUGUUCUACAGACCGUACCUGCACAUCUUUGGACAGAUCCCAGUAGAGGAGAUAGACGUGGGUAAAACGUGGGACAUGACCUGCACCAACAACCGCACGCUGAUAGAGGACGGCGAGGAGCCAUGCAGGAGUCAGUACGGGAACUGGCUGGUGGUGAUUCUGCUGGUCAUCUAUCUGCUGGUCACCAACAUCCUGCUCAUCAACCUGCUGAUUGCCAUGUUCAGCUACACCUUCUCCAAGGUCCAGGAGAACAGCGACGUCUACUGGAAGUUUCAGAGGUAUCACCUGGUGGUGGAGUACCACUCCCGCCCUUCGCUGGCACCGCCCUUCAUCAUCCUCUCCCAUCUCCACCUCUUCAUCAAGAGGUACAUCCGCAAGGUCCCCUCCGUCAAGAUCCACCACUUCGUGUUGGAGCUGAAGGGUAAAGGGGCAAACAGGUUGAUGACAUGGGAGACAAUUCAGAAAGAGAACUUCCUGACUGCCCAGGGGAAGAUCCAGAGAGGCAGCGACUCCGAGAGGCUCAAACGUCUGUCCGUCAAGGUGGACAGUGUGCUGAAACAGCUGACUGAGAGCAGAGACUAUGACCACAGGCUGCGAUCUCUGGAGGCCGAGAUGGAGUAUUGUUCCAAUGCUCUCAGCUGGAUCGUGGAGACAUUGGCCCAAAGCAGCACAGUGAAACCUCUCCGCCCGCCACCAGUCAUCAGAGAGGCGUUCCCUUCUUCAACUUCCUGAUCGGCACCGUGCUGAUGUGACCUUCCAUCCCACUCAGGGUCUGUGAUGAGGAGUGACUCCCGCCUCUUACUACCAGCUGUGUCUCCGUUCGAUUUAUCGAAUUUCUAGUGGGUGAUGCUUUAAAUCACAGACCGUUCAUUACACAGAAAUAACUGAAUAUGAGUAAAAUAUCUCCAAUUUGCUUCGUCAUUAUAAUGGGAUGUUAAAUAUAAAUUCACAAAUCAUGUUGUACCAAACAUGUUUUGAAUCCUUUGUGUCACAUGGAUAAGUAGUAAUUAUCUGUUUAAUAUAAGGUGAUUAAUGAAUGUGGUGCUGAGUAACAUAAGAUAGCACCACAUUCAAGUUUAAGAGAUAAUACUUGUUUAUUAUUCCUGUGACACAAAGGAAGCAAACUAGAGAUUUAGAAAAGCUCCUAUUUUAGUCAUACGUCACUUGGUUGUUUCUGUGUAAUGAGUGGCCUGUGAUUUGAAGGAUUAGCGAUAAGUGUUUCCUGUAAUGCAGACAUGGACGCAAGAUAAACCAACACAACUUCCUCAUGUGCUGAUCAAAUCAUCCGGAGGCUUAUGUUACUCUGACAUGCUGUGUCUCUGUAUUUAAAAUGGGUUUUAAUGUAUUUUAGUGGUUAUUUGCUUUUGAAACUGUUAUAUGGAUACUUAAAGGAAGAUUUUGUACCAUUUUCAAGCUGUUACUGUUAAUACUGGUUUGGUUUACAUAAUAAAGUCAUAUUCCAUCUUUUGUAAAGAGCUUAUCACAUACUUGCAGCACUAAUCUGAUUUUUUGCACCUGAUUGAAGCUAGACCAAGAAAUGUUAAUUGGACUGAGACGCGAGAACUUCUUCAAGUUAGUACAUUAUUUACUGAAUGAGUUGGUUAGAUCUACAAAAGCAGAAACUAUGCAGGAGACAGUGAGAAGAUACUUAUAAGAUAAGACCCAGGACUUAAUCUGAUUUCUUCAAGAGUCUAAAGGAAGAGAGACAUUUCUAAUGAGGCAGCAAUCUGACUGGAGACUUGAAAUCUGUUGUUUAGAAUUUUUCACAUUUCUCAAAGGAAAAGCACUUAAGUGCCCUCGUUUGAAAUCCCUGAUUGCUUAAUUUUGACAACCUAAGAAAUUUGCAAUGUUUCCUACUACUGUCUACCAUUUCCAAGGCAGUUUAUCACACUUUGUUGUAUCUUUAAGCAGUUAGGAAGCUACACUUCGUACUGCACAUCUCAGCUACAUGUUCUUUCAUUUACAUUAAAUGCCAGUCAGCUUUUGACCGAGUUGACAAAAAAAUUGCAAGUUUCUGUUCAGACACACAAUGACCAUGUUUCUCUAUGGGAAUUGGAUGGAUUCAUACCAUCAAAACAGCCUCUGUAUGCUGUAAAUAAAACACAGUUUGCUUUUUGUAACGUAGGUACACUGACAACCUUAUUCACUAAUUUUUGUGAGCAAUGAUGUUCACUUCUGAACCAUAGAUGGUACUGAUAUCUGAUACAUUUUAAAUAUGG